CUACGUCACAUAUCGUUAGUAACAGGCGACCGAUGAGGACGAUACUGUUUUUUCUGCUCCUCUCGAUCCAUUUUUGGCUGAAGUGAAUUUUCUCUUCACGAAUAUUAACGAAAGUAGGUUUGUGAUUUUUUUUCUCUUGAUUUACGGUGUAGUUACGCCCAGUGGACAUUGACAACUAGGACUUAUGUUAUCAGCUCCAUUCGUUUUAUCUGCAUUCGGAGCAGAACACAAUUUUUAAUCGCCGAUCUGAUGUGCAUCAAACAGUAAAGCCAACUUUGAAGGUCUCCUACCAAACCACAAUACAGCUAAAACUAUUGGUCAGUGUGGUAACUAUAUUCACGGAUAGGAUUUUGUCUGGAAACGUUCAGAAAUCUUGUUGGAAGUUCGCAGUAACUAGAAAGCAUAAUCCAACAUUUUCACAAGUUUGGAGUUGCCAUCUCGGAACUUGAACGCAAACCUUCGGUUUGAGGACAUUAUACGUCACGGUGUCUCUGCUUCGACAUUGGUGUCAUGUCACCUGACAGAAGGGUCAACAGAUUGUAAGGAGACGGUACCUUAGAGGUUCCCCAUACGCUUCUCAGUGGCAAUCGCGAAGUUUGUAAAGGUCAACCCAAAGCAGAGGACACUUUACUGCAGACAGUUUGAGGUUUCGUGCAGCUGCUGGUGGAGGCGAUUGUGUUUGUCAAAAAGACACCUUUAGCUCGGAAUCUAAGAUGGCCACGUCGACUAUGGUAACGACUGUCUGGGCGUAUACGAGGCGAAGGCAUCGAUCCACCGUCCAUCCCCCAAGUGAUUUGAACAUUGGCGGCAACAUGGCCAACAGGGAACCCGACCGUCGCGUCAAUUUCCCUGCCGCGGAGCAAGUGGGAACAGACGAACAGGAGGAACAAGGGGACAGUACCGAGGAGGAGAGACGACGAAAUGAGACUUUCUAUCAAGCACGGAAAAGACAGAUCAGAGAAUAUUUUGAGACUCGAUUCGCAGAAGCUGAUUUUGUCAUCGACCCAGAGGGCGAUAAGAUCUAUGUGUGGAUGGGUCUGGUGACCUUUGCUGUUCUCUACAACGUGUGGAUGAUCAUCCUACGGAUAGCCUUCAGAGAGAUGCGGGAGGAGAUAGUCAACCGCCGGGUCUUUGGCACAAUAGACUUUGCCAGUGACGUUGUCUUCUUCCUAGAUAUACUCGUCAACAUCAGAAUAGCGUUCCUUGACCAAGGAUUGCUGGUUAAAGAUCCUCGAAGAUUGAUAGCGUAUUACAGGAAGUCGGUUCGAUUUAAAUUGGACAUUUUGGCCAUGAUUCCCUUGGGCACAAUGGCUCUGCUUUUAGGAGAAUUGGCCGACAAAGAUGUUUUCAACGUUCAUUUUGAUGUCGACAGUGAUAAUAUUCUGAUUCCAGUGUUGAGACUUCCGCGCCUUCUCAAGUGGCAUACCAUGGAAACGUUUACAUCAAUGUGUGACACGAGAACAAGCAAUCCCAAUCGUGUGCGAGCCUUUAAACUCAUCAUGUACCUCGGAGUGAUCAUUCACUGGAUCGGCUGUUUUUACUACAUGCUGUCAGAUAUGGAAGGUUUCGGUAGCAACGAUUGGGUGUACCCGGCUGAGGAAGCAUCACAGGGACUCUUGAGAAAAUAUAUCCUGUGCAUCUAUUGGUCAAUGAUGACCCUCACAACAAUAGGCGAGACGGAUCCACCGCACAACGACAUUGAGUACGUGUUUACCGGAAUUACUUUUCUUGUGGGUGUGUUUCUGUUUGCGGCUGUUGUGGGCAACGUUGGUGACGUCAUCAGCAAUAUGAACGCAGCCAGGCAGGAGUUUACUACAAAAAUGGAUGCAAUUAAGUUCUACAUGAAUCACCGUAAAGUGCCUGAUGUUCUGCAAACCCGCGUCAAGAAAUGGUCGGACUAUGCCUGGUCCCGGACCCAAGCGUUGGAUGAUCAGACGUUUUUGGAAAUCCUUCCUCCGAGACUACGGGCAGAAAUCGCCAUCCAUGUUCAUUUAGAAACGCUCAAAAAGGUCAAAAUUUUCGAGGAUUGCGAGCAAGGUCUCCUAUGCGAGUUGGUUCUGAAGCUGCGGUCGCAGAUAUUCUCCCCGGGCGACUACAUCUGCAGACGGGGCGAGAUAGGACGGGAAAUGUACAUUAUUAAUCACGGCAAAGUCCAGGUGGUAGUGCAAGACGCCGAAACCCAACAAAGCAUGGUCGUCGCCACUCUGUCGGAGGGUAAUUACUUUGGGGAGAUCAGCUUACUCAAGCUGGAUGAGGGGCAGAACCGGCGUACGGCCGACGUGGUCUCGCUGGGCUACUCGGAGUUGUUGUGUCUCUCCAAGAAAGACUUGAUGCAGGCCCUGGUAGAAUACCCGGAUGCCAAGAAGGUUCUGGAGAAACAUGGCAGGGAUAGGAUGGAGAAAAACAAAGAAGCGGCCAGGAUGCAACGGCGAAAGUCCGAAGCCACCUUGCAGGUACCGGGUCAGGAGCAGCUACCGAAGGGGUCAGACGACAAGGCGGGCGGUAACGGCAGCGAGCAAGCCGACGGCAACGGCCGGGCUGGAGCCGGUGGACAGGCAGGAGAGAUCGGUCUACGGGCACAGAUUGAACUCAUCUCCAAACUGGCCAUGAAAGGAAAGGAGAUGAGUGAACUGAGACAUAUCAUCAACGAACUCAGGAACUUUGACAGUAUGUCCACAAAGGCGAAAAUACACCAGCUUUCGCACAAGUGUGAUGAACUAUGGAAGAAAUUACGGCAGAAGGACCUGGAUUUGAAGCGAGCCCUGAGACGGAUUUCGGAGCUGGAGAGUCGCAUAACUGCGGGGACUAAUGGGAUCGGCCGCGCCCCUAGACGAUUCAGCCAAGCUUUGGUCAAACGGUCCAGAUCGUUACACCUGACAGCCUAUGAUGAAGGUAGUCUAGACGAUGAGUCCUCGCUAUGGGCUAGCCUGGAUAGCGGCGACGGUACCGAGAAUGGGUACUCACCGACCGGUCUGUCCAACGGUCACGGACCCCAUUGGGCCGGGGGACUUACGGGUAAGGACAAUCCUAGGACUCCCUCCACGGACAAGUCACCGGAGCACAGCCCGAGACGAGACAAGUACGUCAAGGAGGUCAUCGUGCCCGGCAUCCAAGUCAACGGAAAGGUCAAGCAGGAGCCGGUCACCAUGAAGUGGGAGGUGUUCGCCGACGAGGAGCAGUCAGAUCAGGCUAACGACUCCGAGAUUGAGAAGACCAUGUCCCAGUUACGACCGGCCAUCGCCAGCCUGGCCCUACCAGCCUCCGGGCGUGGGUCCGGGAGCAUAUCGGAUGCGUCCUGCUACAGUGAUGCUAGCUUAGACAGUGACUUAUGAUAGAUGUAAACAAAUCACAAAGGAUGUAAAUGCUCCCUUCUCCUUAGAUCUUUAACCCCGCCAACAGAGAAGAGAUGCUUGAUGUCAGCUUCAUAGGUACUAUAUCCCCCACCAUUUUUGGUUCACUUGGCUCAUUUCGUCUUUCACUAUUUCAAUUUUUGUGCUUACUAAACAAGUAUACGAAAUCAUAGGAAACGUGGAUAGAAAAAUGAUCAAUUCCUCUUAUUAAGAUCAUCGCACAUAAACGUUCUAUAGAGGCUUUACACUUCUUCAAUGGCAGCGGCCCCUGUCUAUUAAAGUCGUGCAAACAUUACAUGUUGAGUGCAAAAUUUUUGCACGCAAUCACAUUGUGACAUUAAAACAGUACCAGCCAGGCCACAGAAAACUGAAAAUGUGUAUAGUGAUGAUGCAUGGCUGUGUAGACAAAUUGGAGCCUGCCCUUUAUGUACAUGUGUACCAAUUUCGAAAACUAGAGUUUUGGUUUUUUAUUUCUAUUUUCUAGCAAUACAAAGAUAAUAUGUUUGCAUAAUACAUCCACCACAAAUGACUGGUUUCCGUCCUUAUCGGUAUAUAUAUAUAUAUACAAUGUAGGGACCCGGGAACCAGUCGAUCUGCAAGGCAGAUCUCUUUAUGCGCAAAAGCAGAACAAAAUAAAAACAUUUUCGGAGGGUAGCUGUCGCCAAAAAAGGGAGAAAAGGUAGGUUUUGCGAUAAAGUAAAACAAAGGCCCUAUCUUGAACCUUCGAAAUACAUCUAUAAUCUCGUUGUGCUUGAUUAUUUUCCUGUUUUUCAAAAUUAGUACUAUGCUUGUUUGUAGCCUAUUCAUGUGGUAUCAAUUGUUUAUUUUGUCUUAUUUUGGAUUGUUUUUCUUUUAUUCAGAGAAUCAGUGACAAUUGAGUCUGUUCCUUUCUGACCUGUUAUGGAACCAAGUCGUUGUCGCCGGAAAAAAAUGUCACAGUUAGUUUAAAUUGUCAUUUCGUCACUGACUUGUAAUUGUUUGGUUGAGAUUCUUCUUGUCAGUACGUUUUUCCUCACGUUGUGGUUGGGAGUUAUUCAUUAAAUAUCAAUGUUGGUGCUCUCAAAAUUCGCAAUGUUCAUGGUUCGACCGACCGUGGCCCGAUUCUUGGAGCGAUAGCAGAAACACAAAACAUGUACUAGACACAAUCUCCAUCCAAUAUUAUAAUGUUUGCCUAGCACAUUGUUUUUAUGCAAUAUUUUCUACUGAGCAGCCGCGAACAAUUGGGUCCAGCUGCUCAUUAAUUAUUAACUUGCCCCAAGAUAUACCUAUGAGACUUUAAUUUAUCAACGAAGACCGUAUUUCUAAAUUAAAUGUCACGUACAAUUUUCUGUUUAAAGUACUCAUGAAGGUCUGUAUUUUAUUUUGUGUCCUCAAGCCACUGUGUUCAGAACAAAGUUGGAAUUUUUUUAACAUUCAUAUAUUAUAUUGUAUCUGUUCAUGACAACUUAUCGCCUGUGUUUUGAGUUCCAGAAUUUUGUUAUGAGCUUUAUCUAAUUAUUUUCAAAGCUCUGGAUGGUGUUAUAUAUAUUUUUUGCCUGGUGCAGGCGUGUUACGCUAUACGCGAUACAAAUACAUUAUAUUAACUCUAAUCUACGUGUUAGAAUCUGUCUGGAGUCAUGCUGUAUGUGACUUUGUAAUGAACUUUAAAAAUCAAUAAAGAUUGA